UCCACUAAUGGAUCUUCUAAAUUCUAUACUAAAUUUUGUGGUUCCUCCUGCAAGUUUGGUCAUGUUAGCAUUUGCAUGGCCAACUAUGUGUUUCAUCAAUACUGUUGAAUGGCUUUACCAUACUUACUACUCUGAAAAUAUGGAAGAUAAAGUGGUUAUCAUCACUGGAGCUUCUUCUGGGGUUGGUGAGCAAAUUGCCUAUGAAUAUGCAAAAAGGAGGGCUAAUCUGGUGUUGGUUGCUAGAAGAGAAAAUCGACUUUGGGGGAUUAGUGAUAAUGCAAGGCGCAUGGGUGCAAGGCAUGUCAUGGUCAUAGCAGCAGAUGUUGUCAAGGAAGAGGAAUGUAGAAGAUUCAUUGAUGAAACAAUAAGCUUUUUUGGCCGGAUUAAUCAUCUAGUAAACGCAGCCAGUUUGGGACACACUUUCUACUUCGAAGAAGCUAUAGACACUUCCAUAUUUCCUCUUAUGAUGGACAUAAAUUUCUGGGGAAAUGUAUAUCCUACAUAUGUUGCUCUUCCAUACCUAAGACAAACCAAUGGUCGAGUAAUUGUUAAUGCAUCAAUUGAGAGCUGGUUACCUAUGCCAAGAAUGAGCCUAUACUCUGCAGCAAAGGCAGGUUUAAUCAACUUUUACGAGUCUCUGCGGUUUGAACUAAAAGAUGAUGUAGGAAUAACAGUGGCAACAUAUGGUUGGAUAGGGAGUGAAAUGACUAGAGGGAAAUUCAUGGUAGACGAUGGCGCAGAGAUGCAAUGGAAGGAAGAGAGAGAAGCACCAGUCACUGGAGGUCAUGUGGAAGAGUACGCAAGGUUAAUCGUAGCCGGUGCCUGUCGAGGAGUUGCAUAUGUGAAGUUCUCCAGUUGGUAUGAUGUUUUUAUGGUUUACAGAGUUUUUGCACCAAAUGUCUUAGGGUGGACAUUUCGCUUGCUGCUUACAACAAAUAAUCAAAGGAGAACUUCCUUCUUUGGGACUGGAAGGUCUCUUAUCUCAGAGACAUCUCCAAGCAGGAAGGUUCUUACUGGACCUACUUCUGCUUCCCCCCAACUUACUUUUCAGCAGCAGCAGCAGCUGAAGUUUGAGUAG